CAUUCGUCUUUAUUUGCAGAUUUGCAGAAAAGUAGAAGAGCUCAGCUAUAUUUUGAACAUCGAAGCGAGACAGAAUACACUCUAUGUGUUUCUUUUUCGUCUCCAUAACUUCCUAUAAUUUUUACCGCAGCUGAUUUUGACAUUUUAUUUCUUAAUUUAAAAGCGAAAAAUUUGAAAAAAAAAACAAUUUUAAAAAUUUGAAAUGGACUUUGAUAAGUUGAAAACGGCAUCAAACCUUCUUCUCACAUCUUUUUUAUUUCAAGAAGACGAAAUUGAUUCCAAAAAACAAAAAAAAAGAUUUUGGGUUCAUCCAUACCUUCGCAAAAGAAAUGAAAGUGGUGCAUUCGUGUCAGUGUUUGGGGAAAUUGAGCCUAUCAGUGACCCUUUGUUGUUCUUAAAAUAUUUGAGGACUACUUCUGCACAGCUGGAAGAACUUCUGCUUCUUGUUGGUCCUCAAAUAAAAAAGGAAUAUGUCACACGAGAACCUAUAUGUCCGAAAAUGCGCUUAGUCAUUACUCUUCGUUAUUUGGCAACUGGGGAAUCUCAACAGAGCUUAGGGAUUUGUUACAAGUGUUCGGCUUCUGUCGUUCAUAAUAUUCUUUUCGAAACAACUGAAGUCAUCACUAGAGCUUUUUGGAAAAAGGUUUUUCCAAGUUUGGAAAACACUACUUUCUUAAGAGUAGCAAAGGGCUUCGAAGAUAAGUGGAACUUCCCAAAUUGCAUAGGCGCCCUCGAUGGAAAACAUAUUAUGAUUCAGUCUCCACAACACUCUGGGUCAGAGUUUUUUAACUACAAGAAACACUACUCAAUAGUUUUAAUGGCAUUGUGCGAUGCCGAUUAUGCAUUCUUGAUGUGUGACGUAGGAGCGGCAGGAAGGCAGAGUGAUGGUGAAAUAUUUAAGAACUCUGAGUUCGGAAAAAAGUUUUACUCCAACUCCAUACAGAUUCCGCCACCCCGAGAUGUUACGGACAAUUUUCAAUGUGUUCCCUACGUCAUUGUAGCCGACGAUGCCUUCACAUUAACAGAAAACAUGUUGAAGCCAUACAGCAAUAGGAACCUUACUGUGGAAGAAAGAAUUUUCAACUAUCGUCUGAGCAGAGCCAGAAGAGUAAUCGAAAACUCUUUCGGAAUUCUUGUUGCGAAAUGGAGGAUUUUCCUCACGUCGAUUAAUGCUGGCUUGAGUCUUAUUGAACAAAUUGGAACUCAGCAACAGCAGCAAAGCUACUACGAAACAGGUUCGCAAAGUAUUUUGCUGGAGAAGGUGCUGGCAAUGUGA